CUCACCUUGACACUAUAUUCUGCUAUAUGGUAACUUAAAACUGUGUUUCUGAUUUCAGCUGAAUCAAGAUGGCAGAUGUCAAUGGAAGUACAGAAGAAACUUCUGUAAAAGAAACACAGGAGUUACAGACUAAGGUUGACGUGAAUGGAGGUGGAGACAACAAAGAUGAACAGGUCACAGAAGAGAAGAGUGAGCCUAAGGUUGAGUUGGACCCUGAACAAAGGGCAAAGAAAAUCAAAAGGCAAAUAGAGUAUUACUUUGGUGACUACAAUCUUCCUACGGACAAGUUUCUGCGAGAGCAGGUCAAGCUGAAGGAUGGUUGGGUGCCAAUCGAAACUCUUCUCAAAUUCAAGCGACUAGCUGCACUGACACAGGAUCCAGAAGUGAUCGUAGAGGCGUUGACUGGCUCUGAAAGUAAUCCAGGCAUUCAGCAUGUACACCAAGACCACACCUUACACACACUGUCCGAGACCUCCGCUUCUUUCCUUCAGGAUGAUUGUCACCUGAACAGGUUCGGCACAGUUUUUCCUUCUUCUCAGAUAAAUGAGGAAAAGACAGAGCUGCGCCGCAACCCAGAGAAACCACUGCCAGAGGAGAGCGAAGCCAGAAGGAAAGAGAUUCUCAAACGCUCUGUCUAUGUCAAAGGCUUCCCCCAGGAAGGUUUUACUAUCGACAAUGCGUUGGAUUUCUUCGAAGAAUAUGGUUCCACCGAUGAUGUUGUCAUGAGGUUUUACCAAGACAAAGCAACGAAGACAUGGCACUUCAAGGGUUCGGUGUUCAUCAAAUACCCAACAAAGGACGCUGCUGCUGCUUUCCUGGCUUUGGAAGAGGUCAAGUACAAAGACACACCUCUCACAAGGCUCUGGCAGGAAGAUUUAUUUAGAGCAGAAGCGUAAAGAACGCUUAGACCAGAAACUACAGAAUCGCAAGAGACCGGGAAGAGAUGAUGAGGUAUCGAACGCUGAUGAGGACAAGGGCCUGCCGAAGGACGCCACUCUGCACAUGACGAAGUGUCCUGAGGGUCUGACGAGGGAACAGGUGAAGGAGAAGGUAAGAGGCACUGGGAGUCACUGUGGCCUUCAUUGACU